AUCGGACCAAUCCCCCCUGGGCCCAAUUUUCCUGAACGUGGCAGCUUCGAAUGCUUGGCCAAGGGCGGCCGCGACUGUGAGCGCCAGCCAGUGUUGCCAGCGGAAAGUGUCGAUUUCCAGAACCUCGUCCUAGCGAAUUCCGCCGCCGCCCUCCACCGUCACCAACAGCACGAGGUGACCCGCCAGAUUACCGGCAACAAUGAGGUCUCUUCUCCCCCUCCUCUCCCUGGCCUCCAUGGCCCAGGCGCUCUACUUCUACGUCGACGUGACAACACCCAAGUGCUUCUUCGAGGAGCUCCCCAAGGACACCCUGGUGGUGGGCCACUACUCGGCCGAGGAAUGGAACGACCAGAGGCACGCCUGGGAAAAGCACGACGGCAUUAGCAUCUACAUUUCCGUUGAUGAAAUCUUCGACAACGACCACCGCGUCGUGUCGCAGCGCGGCGGCUCCUCGGGCAAGUUCACCUUCACGGCGGCCGAGUCGGGCGACCACAAGCUCUGCUUCACGCCCUCGUCCAGCAGCGGCCGGGCCAACUGGCUCUCGGUGUCGUCGCCCAACGGCGGGAUCCGCCUGACGCUGGACGUGGCCGUGGGCGAGACGAGCGCGCUCGACGGCGCCGACAAGGACAAGAUCCAGGACCUGGCGACGCGCGUCAAGGACUUGAACGCCCGGUUGAAUGAUAUUCGGAGGGAGCAGGUUUUCCAGCGGGAACGCGAAGCCGAGUUCCGCGAUCAAUCUGAGAGCACCAACGCGCGCGUGGUCCGGUGGAUUCUGAUCCAGCUCGUUGUGCUCGGCGUGACGUGCGCCUGGCAGCUGUCCCACCUCCGGUCUUUCUUCAUCAAGCAGAAGCUUACAUAGAGAGACGCAAAAAAUAUGGCUUGUUCUGCUAUGGGCUGGUGCUGGUGGCGGUGUGGGAGUUUGUCGUUAUUGUUGUCUUGAUGAUCUGCUUGCUGCUGUAUGCAUCCAUUCGACCCCCGUUACGGAACGCAUCCCGCCUGUCUGUCUGGGUUAGAAAUGUAUCUCUCUCGGU